AUGAAGCCAACCAAGCUCAGGCUUCAAUCGGUGGCUGCAUUCAUUUGCUUCUGCGCCGCUUACGUGGCAGCAGCCGAAGCAACGAUUCAGAACUCUGCAACUAAGAAGACGUACAUAAUCCACAUGGACAAAUCCACCAUGCCCGAAACCUUCGACGACGACCACCACGAACAAUGGUAUGGUUCAUCCCUCAAAACAGCAUCAGAAUCAGCCGACAUGCUCUACACUUACAGCACACUCAUCCACGGAUUCUCCACGAGGCUCUCAGCAGAGGAAGCAGAGUCGCUCGAGAAACAGCCCGGAGUGCUCUCCGUCACGCCCGAAACCAUCUAUGAGCUCCACACGACUCGAACCCCGAAAUUCCUCGGGCUCGAACAGAGCGAAGCCCUCCCUCUCCUCCCCGCCUCAGAAUCGGUGAGCGAGGUGAUCGUCGGAGUGCUCGACACCGGAGCAUGGCCGGAGCUCGAGAGCUUCAACGACAAGGGGCUCGGCCCUGUUCCCAGCAGCUGGAAAGGAACCUGCGAAGUAGGGAAGAACUUCGACUCAACGAAAUGUAACAAGAAAUUAAUCGGAGCGAGGUAUUUUUUGAAAGGCGUGGAAUCCAAGUCACCGAGAGACGACGACGGCCACGGAAGCCACACGUCGACCACCACGGCCGGUUCGGUCGUGUCCGGAGCCAACCUGUUCGGUUUCGCGUCCGGUUCGGCUCGCGGGAUGGCCCCGCAGGCUCGGGUGGCCAUCUACAAAGUGUGCUGGCUCGGCGGGUGCUUCGGGUCCGAUAUCUUGGCCGCCAUGGAGAAAGCCGUGGAAGACGGCGUCCACGUGAUGUCCAUGUCCAUCGGCGGCGGGGUAUCGGAUUACUACAGGGACACGGUAGCGAUCGGAGCUUUCUCUGCUGCUGCUGGCGGGGUCUUCGUCUCAUGCUCUGCGGGGAACGGAGGACCGAGUCAGGGCAGUCUGUCGAACGUCGCCCCCUGGAUAACCACCGUGGGAGCUGGCACACUGGACCGGAGCUUCCCCGCUUACGUCAGCCUGGGAAACGGGAGGAACUUCACCGGGACGUCGCUCUACAGCGGGAAGCCGCUGACGAACAUGCUGGUCCCGUUGGUCAACGCGGUCAACGCGAGCGAUGAUUCGUCGUCGUCGGGGAAUUUGUGCUUGUCGGACAGUUUGGUGGCGGAGAAGGUCGCCGGGAAGAUUGUGAUUUGUGACCGUGGAGGGAGCAGCAGAGUUCAGAAGGGUCUGGAGGUGAAGAGAGCCGGCGGGGUAGGAAUGAUUCUGGCGAACACAGAGUUGAACGGUGAGGAGCUGGUUGCUGACGCCCACCUCCUGCCAUCAUCCGCCGUGGGGGAGAAAUCCGGCGACGAGAUCAAAGCCUACGCUGCUUCCGAUCCCAAGGCCACGGCCACGAUCGUCUCCGGCGGGACGCACGUUGGGGUCGAGCCGUCUCCGGUGGUGGCAGCGUUCAGCUCCAGAGGUCCCAACCUGGUGACUCCGGAGAUCCUGAAGCCUGAUGUAAUAGGGCCAGGGGUUAACAUCCUGGCCGGUUGGACUGUGGCCAACGACACGAGGAAUGUGAGCUUCAACAUCAUUUCAGGAACUUCCAUGUCUUGCCCACAUGUGAGCGGCCUGGCCGCUCUGAUCAAGGCAGCUCACCAGGACUGGAGCCCUGCGGCCAUCCGGUCCGCCCUCAUGACCACAGCUUACACGGCUUACAAAACUGGGUCGAUCAUCCAGGACCUGGCCACGGGUCGAGCGGCCACGCCAUUCGAUUAUGGAGCUGGACAUGUGAACCCGAUUGCAGCCCUCGACCCCGGCCUGGUCUACGAUGCAACGGCAGAGGACUAUUUCGCGUUCCUCUGUGCUCUGAACUACACGUCGGAGCUGAUCAAACGGGCGACGAAUAAAGCAUUUACUUGCGACUCAAGCAAGAAGUACAAUCUGGGCGAUCUUAACUACCCGUCUUUCUCUCUCGCCCUCGACACAGCUUCGGGCAUAUACAGCCGGACGUUGACCAAUGUGGGGUCCCCGGGGACGUACAAGGUGGAAUUGGCUUCGGAGAAUCGGGCCGUGAAGAUGUCAGUUGAGCCCUCGACCCUGACCUUCAGCCAAGAGAAGGAGAAGAAGAGUUACACGGUGACGUUUACUGCAACCUCGAUGCCUUCAGGGACAACCAGCUUUGCUCAUCUGGAAUGGUCGGAUGGAAAGCAUGUCGUUCACAGUCCAAUAGCUUUCAGCUGGGUAUAA